AUGGCCGUGACACUGCAACAACCGCGGGGCGCACCGGGAGCCAGGCGCGACCAGCCGAACUCGGCACUCGGGCUGUUGAGCGCCGAGUUCGGCACCGAUCGGCUCCUCCCGCUGAGCCCGCUCGGCUCUUUCCGUCACGCUUUCGUCUCCUUCCGCCAGCCGCUCGGGUAUUUCCGUCACGCCUUCGGUCGUUUCCGCCGGCCUCUCGGGGAUAUCCGCCAGAGGUUCGGGUAUUUUCGUCAGGCUCUCGGGUGUUUCCGGCUGCCGCUCGGCUGUUCCCGCCCUCCUCGCGGCGCAUGCGCGGGCGGGUCUGAGUCUGCCGCGCUGAAGCGAAGUGCGAGGCUUCGGCCACGGGGAGAGGUCGCCGUUCUUAUCUUCCACCCCCGCCGCCUUUAUGGAGCUCUGGGCCGGGGCUGCGGUCCGCUGCAGGGCGCAGCCGGACCACUCGUGCUGCAGGUUCCUGAGUCACACACAAAUCAAGGAUGGGACCAGGGUAAGUGGAUUAUUGCUGUUUUAUUGCCGUGUAUCUUAUUGAUCACACAAACAGCUGUGUGCCCAAAUGUUUUGGGAAAACCAGGAUCACUUACAGGGCAGCCAACAGGCUUGUGGUUAUUUGGGCUGGUGGAUUUUUCCGUUGCCAUUCUGCGUUCAUAUCGGGGGGAAAGAUAA